UCCUGAUCCACCCAAGAGCAUAUGGUGUUUUUCACAAAAGGGAAGCGAGAUCAUCUCCUUGACUUUGGACUUCAAUUAUCGAGCCCCUCAACAGGAGCAAGAACAUUCUGGAUAUGAUGUAUAAAAACUGGAUAUUAAUGUCUACUACUAUUCCCGCAAGUCCAGAAGAUGAAAUUGUUGGAAGACUUCUAAAAAUUUUGUUUGUUAUCUUUGUUGACUUUAUGUCUAUUGUAUAUGUCAUUAUAACUUCCUGA